UCAGAUUUUAGCUGGAGGCGUGCAACUCUCCGCCUUCCACGUUCCAUGUCCUUUCCACCUCUACCUUAGGUGCUUAGCUGCUUACCUUAGAUACUUUCCCACAGCCUGAGGGAGCUGCGUGGUCUUCACCGCCUGCCAAUUGACAUUCGUGGACCCCGCCCUAUCAGCAGGCGGUGGCCAAAUUCUGCCGGACUAAAAGUUCCUCCUACCAAUACAGCCUCUCGCUUUCAAGGCAAUGCUAUUAACCCCGCGCCAUCGAACACGCCCAUCAUGGCCACAGCCGAGCAAACCGAGGCCGAGAAACCUAAGCAUCAUGAAUGGAUUCACGUUAAAUCCAAGUCCCGGCUCCGGCGAAGCGCCCCCAAGCCACCCGUCAAGGGCCCCGGCGUAACCUCGAAGCCCGCUGAACCCCGCAGCUACAAGUCCAUCAUCGAUAUUACGGCCGAGUACCAGUCCUUCAAGUCCAAGUGGCGCGAGACAGCAUGUUGCCUCAGUCUGAAGAAGCUGGUGAGGGACAAUUGCGAAAGCCAUCGGAGAGUUCGCAGGGCACUGUGUCUUGGUGUGGGCACGUUUGAUCCUGAGGAUGGAGGCUGUGACGCAAAGAGGAGGAGUUAUAUCCAGCUUGACGCCUUUUUGACCGUCGUCGAGGUUUUGUCCGAAAUGUACAAAGAGUCGAUACCGUGCUCGUUCCAGGAACCUCGCUUCACCCCCAAUGACACAGCAUUUCUUACGGGGCUCGGUUAUGCGGUUGUCGAGUCCCCCGCCGCCUUUGAGGCCAUGGAUGAAGAGACACUUGUGUUCGCGGUACACAUGUAUAGACCAAUAUAUGAGGCGACGCUUGAGAGGGCAGUGCCUGCCAUGUUUGUCGGGACAGGAUGGGACGUUUGGGAUGAGUUCGCCACGAUGAAGGAUGGUGAAUUCAAGUGUAUGAGUAAUAUGCAUGCCUCGCAUAAGCACUUCCGCUUCCCACAGGAUGGUACAUAUACCACAUUCUCAAGCACGUGUGUGUACUGGCGGCCAAAAUCCGAGACCGUGGUUCAACAAGAGACUUCGAUCGGCGAGAAAGAUAAACCGUCACCUCAAGAAGGUGUCACAGAUGUCGCCCCCGGGACAAGUAUCCAGAUAGAGGAUAGCCCUUCAGUUCCUCCAAACUAAGAGUAGGGCUUGGACACUGACCCUGUCGAUAAAGGAGUGAGACUUCAAGUCAAAAAUACCCCAAAGAAAUCAUCAUCACCACCAUGAGGCUUUAUGUCACUGUACUCAUGAGCUUGCUGUGUUUGCAUUGAACAUCUACUGGUUCUCUUAACGGUCGCAGGGCCUUGAGGAAUCGGCCGGUCCUUUGGGAUAAGAACGACACAUGUGUCGAAAACAUCCAAGCAGCCUCAGAAACAUGUAUUCCUUGG